AAGGAGUUUCAGUAGAGCGCAGCUGCUGGUUACUGCGCGUGAGACAGCCAGUGGAGAAGGUUUUGGAAGAAAUCAUAUGAUAUGAAAACUGGACCAUUUGGUUCUGUGACUGCAUCGUGCUGAUCGCCGCUUUGAAUCACAUGUCGCCGACCUUACCCCUUUCAGAGGAUUCUGAGUGUGACAGGAUAGUUGAUGAGGAAGUCAGGAUGAGAGCUACAGAGAGCCUGCAGUCCUUCCUUAAGGACAGGGAAAAGUCUGACAUGCUUCUAGAGCAGCACUUAGAAGCCCUGAAAGCUUCACACCAACAACAACUUCAGCAGAUAAAGCUGCAACAUCAGGCUAGUUUAGAAAGCCGGACUCUGCAGAACUCACUGCUUACCUCAAACUCUGAUGCUCCGCUGAAGGCCAACAGACCAGAGGGAAAUAUUCAAAGUAAUGAAGGCAGCACCAAAAGCAGAGGAAGUAUUUACUGUUUGAAUAGACCACAGAGAUCCUCCUCCACACCUGACCUGAGCUCCAAGAUGAGCCAGCACAAGCCUCUUAACUCCUCUGGAACUUUGAGAUCUACCAUGAGCCAUUCACAAGCUCCCUGGAGAAAAACACAGAGAUGUGCCAAAGAGCCCAUACAAGUUACACCUGACAAAGAGGAACUGGACUGGGCCGAGUGUCAGAAACAGUUUCGAGUAUCACCUGUACCAGAACACAUCUUCAAGCUCCUUUAUGACGAUAUUGUACAGGAGCAGGAACGUGUGAGGCAGGAGGGACGGCAGCAGAGGAAAGAGUUCCUUUUAUCCAUUCAGAAACCUUUUAGGUUUCAUCAGAAAGAAGAGAAGAGAAGGGAAAGGACAAAGCCAGAAUCCAGUGCUGACAAACUGAAUGGAAACAAAAAGGAUGAUGGAAGGAAGAGAUGCAUACCUAAAGCUGUCACAGACCCAGCAAUGUCUGAACAGCUGAAAGAAAAGGAGCAACAGAGGAAGAUUCGCAUCCAGUCCAGGGCUCAGGAGACUCUCAGAGCAUCCUCUGCGCCCAUCCAGAGCCUGAGUAGUAGAGCUGAGCACCAGGCCCGUAGCUCCCAAAGAAGCAAGACCAAAGUGCUGGGAUUCUUAGAGCAGAGUCCAUCCUUUCGACCAAAAACAAAUGCUAAGGUGCCAGACUUUGAAAAGUUGCACCAGGCCUUUCAGAAAGAGGCGAUGGAGAGAACAGAAAGACGAGAGGUCACCCUGUGCCACCCGUUCCAGCUGCGAACAUCAGCUCUUCAGCCACGUCACAGCAGGAGCAGCACAGACAAAGUACCAAAAUAUACUGAUAUGAGCACUUUGAAGAGGAGCAAUUCAUUUAGUGGCUUGACAUCAUUAUCCAGAGAUUUUCUUCCCACUUACAUAAACGAUGCUGCAAGGAAAAGGUCUAUGGCCAUAAGAAAGUCUCAGGAGCUGAGAGAGAGUAAGGAUCAGCAAAAUGCAGACUGGAUGAAACAAUACAGAAUGAACUCUCAAGCCAUGAGUAGAGGAGUUGUAGCACGUGCCAAGGCCAUGGACCCCCACAGGAGUCUUAAGGAGGUCUUUCAGGAGAAACUCAAGCAGCACAGACACGCCGAUCAAGAAAGGAUAAAAGAUUAUAAAAAAGAACUGAGGGAGAUGAAAGCUCGGGUCUCAGCACGUCCUUACCUCUUUGAACAGGUGUCACAGAGAAAUGCUAAGAGUGAUGCUGAGCGCAGAUAUAGAAGCACUCUAGAGCAGGAAGGCCUGGAUGAACAUUUUGUAAGAUCCACAGGAGGAAAUGAUGAAAGCCAGACAUCAGAAAACACAGACACUGAUAGGAACAGUGAUGUUGGAGAUCACAAUUUUGAAACUGACUCACAGCACAGGGAAGGAAGCAGGGAUGACAGCGACCAAAGUGAGGAUGGAACAGAAGAAAAGAGCAUGAAACCCAAAGGGAAAAGAGUCAGCUGACAGUGAGAGAGCAGUUGGUAUUUGGUUAACACAGCGUGUCAUGAUCAGAUACAAGAACACUGGCACUUCCAUCAAAUCAGUUCAGCAUUUCAGUCUUGUUGAAAAUGUGGUAAGCCAUGUAGAGCUCAGUGAUAUAUUUUUUUUCUUUUUCAUGGCUUGUGUAUAAAUGUUUAUAUGUCAUGUUUGUAAGUGAUUUUUUAAAGGAUAAUUAUGAUUCUACUUCAACAAGAUGGGUUCUGGCUGUGCAACCUGCUUAUUAAGAUGAAAAUGUCAAAGGCAGUUUGGGACUUGUGGAUCUAAAUUUGUUGGGGGAUACUGAGAGAGACUGGCAAGCAAAGAAAACAAUCUUCACAAAAUAAAUAAAUAAAUAAAUAAAAUAAAUAAAAAAAAGUGAAAGGUUUUGCAUUUGCUUGUCUUUUGCUUGUUGAGUACUAAAUAAUAUUUAAGGCUGCUCAGAUGUAUGGAUGUAUUUGGAUGAUUUGUAGAGUGGAAUAUAAACAAAUAGCAAAUAAAUUUACUCAGGGAUUCAGUAAUCAUAUUUUCAUUGAUGAUGGUGAUGAUGAUGAUGAUGAUGAUGGACAUCUGUACCGCUGGAAUGCAAUUAUACACCUAUAACUGUCACAGAGGAAAGCUUUCUUCUCUGAGCACAAUUUGAAUAAAUAUAGAAAGAACACAAUAUGACAAAGUUCCCUUUAGGUCAAGGCACAUCUGAAAUUCACAUUGCUGAGAUGUAAAUCUUGGGGAUGAGGUCUGGCUAUUUUGAGAAGCACAGCACCACUAAAGUCAACGUUGGUUAUUUAUCUAUCAUAGUAAAAGAAACCCUCAUGUCACUGUGUUGACCCAGCUGCCCGCCACAUCAAGAGCUUAUACGCUGUGCAGAUUUACAGUGAACACUCCCUUUAACCUAUUUCUGAAUGGCUUGCUGAUAUAUGUUACAUAAAUUAAAAGCAUAAAAGUUCCAGCCCAUUUCAAUGCAUUUCAGAAAUCUGUUGUCGCGCUUUAAAAGAACUUCCACUGAAAUAAGUGAAAAAUAAGUCCCUCCUAGCACCCUGUAUUUAUUAUUUAUUUUAUUUCUUCUUUUGUACCCAUAACGUUUCUCUAUUAGGGUAUUAAAAUAAAAGGUUUGCCUUUCACAGAGUAGAACCCUUCUGUGAAUCUUGAGGAAUCUCAGGAAGCCACCAGGAACCUGUAAGUGUUUUAUUUUUCUAAAGGUCUGUUAGUUUCUUUGAUAGUUUAAUAUUAAAAACUGGAAAAACAAUAAAUAUAGGUUUGGAACAGCCAUUAUUCAAAAUAUAUAUUAUACUGUGUGAAUACAUUGGGUAUGUACAUGUAUAACAGAAUGCUUUCAUGAAUUAAAGGGUAAACUUAAAGGGUAAUGAAUAAAAGAUAAAGUCUAUAGCUAGUCAAAGAAUCUAUGAAGAAUAACGUGAUUGAAUAACUCUGGAGCAUCUACUAUGAAUCAACAUUAUAGGACAAAAUUCCAGUGGCAAAAGUCAGAGAUUUGUGUAACAUGCUAAUAUUAUGUAUUUUACUGAAAGAAUGAAACCUUCCACGUGGAGACGGGCAUCAUACACUGAUCCAUAAGCAUCAGACUCAGUGUGUAUGUAUCUGCUCAUGCAUUCAGUCAAGGUGCUGUACAGCUCAGGAUCUGAGAGACAUGUUUGGCCUGAGCAUUUAGCAUCACAUGAUGGAAAGUUCAAGGGCUCCUGCAAGGUCGUCAUGGCAACUGUGCUCUCUCCUGCUACCCUGUCAUUUCCAAGCACACUCAGUUUCCCGACAGAUUGUCCCUCACGAUGACAGCGCUUCACUCAACCUAGCGCAUGCAGUCGAUUUGUCAUCUGAACUCGCUGAAGAGGAAUUCCAAUAACUAGACGGAUAAUCCUGUAAAACAUGAUGCUUUGAGAAAGAAUGCAAUGCACAAUUAAAGAAAACCUGAUGACGUAAUCUUUUGAGUUAAUGGCCAUGGUCUCACCUGCAGGAGGAGCUGUGCCUCAUAACAUCUUUAUCUUACCAAUGCUGGGAGCAUUUGAGCCACAGAUCCUUUCUGUCUGUCUGCUGUCUAUCUAAGCUCACUGUAUAGGAGAAAGAGAACAUGUAGGAGUCUGCAGUGUGCUUGUGCAAAAGCCAGAAAGAUGCAAGAGAGGGAGAUUGAUAGAGAAGGGCUAAUGGCAGAUAUCGACUCCACAACCUUGUCAUCUCACUUUGACUGCACAUCAAACUAGGCUGUGUGAGAGCGCAAGCUUCAGCAAGGGGAGAGGGAACAGAGAGUGAGUGAGCGAGUGAAGGAGAGAGAGAUAGAGAGAGAGAGAGAGAGAGAGAGAGAGAGAGAGAGAGAGAGAGAGAGAGAGGGAGAGAGAGAGAGAGAGUAAACGCAAGGCUUUACAUGCACAUAUUCACACAGAACACCCUGAAUUCCCAAAGCCCUAGAGGGAGGCACAGAGAGAGCGAGGUCACACUAGAGCAGAAACAUCAAAGAUUGACCAGAAGUAAAGAUCUUUCUUGUUGUGGGAUUAAGGAAAUGGGAACUGUGGAUCAGGAAGUCCUGGUUUGAUUCAGAGGACAACAAAUUUGAUGCUAUAUUCUUGUGCAAGUGAAGACAGAGCAACACCUUCACUUUGUGAAAACAUGGAGAAACUCUCAGGCAAAGACAAGGAGCUGAUCCGGGACAGCUGGGAGAGCCUCGGCAAGAACAAGGUCCCACACGGCAUCGUCAUGUUUACCAGGUUGUUUGAACUGGACCCAACUCUGCUGACCCUCUUUAACUAUAAAACCAAGUGUGGAGUCGUGCCUGAGUGUCUGUCCAGCCCUGAGUUCCUGGAGCAUGUCACCAAG